AUGUUGAGCAAACUAUGCAUCAACCUUCCAAGGAAAGGAUAUGCUACGGAGCAAGGAGUGAGUAGGCAACUAUCACCGGUCCGUUACCGGCCCACCUCGCCCUAUGGCGGAGAGGCUCGGUCAUGGGCUGAAGAUGCGGGGUUCAAGCCGGCAGACAUCGAGGCAUCUGCAGCUACGGUUUACUAUUCAAGUCCCGAGGGAUUGAAGUGGUGGGGUGAGACAAUGGCCCGGCGACUGGAACAAGGUGUGCUCGACAAGGGAGUUGAUGCUGGUCUCAUUGAUGAAGACAGAAAGGAUGAGCUCCCUCAAGGAUGGAGAGAAUGGUCUAACAAAAGCGAUGCUUUCAUCUCUAUGACUGACAUAAAGAUCAUCUGUAAGAGGUAG